CAUGUUUUCAUCCUUGCAGGGGGAGGGAGGGUUGGCUAAGAGGCAAAGUGGGGGGAGAAACAGACACACACGGGGCCUACUCGCCACAUCUUUUCAUGCGAAGAAGCUGUGCCGCUAAACCACCGGUUUUUGGUUUCCCAAAACCACUCCGGCCCGGGCCUCAGUCCGCGGUCUAGGGUUUGAUUGCGGGCGGUGUUGAGACUGAAGCCCGUCGGCGUGUAGCUGUUAGACAGCCCCUGCACCCUACCACCAUCAUGGGAGACAGUAGAGAUUCCCACAGCCCAGACAGUUCGUCUAUGUCCUCCCCUCCAUCAGACCAGCGCUCACCUCCGCUGGUUCCCUCCGCUGCUUCCAUGACCUCCCUGCCUCCCAUCACCACCUCAGGGGUCAACAGCCCCAUCAGUAGCAUCGGCUCCCCCUUUUCUGUCAUCAGUUCUUCUCUGGGCUCGCCAUGUCUACCUGGUACGCCAUCGGUGGGCUACGGCCCCAUUAGCAGCCCACAGAUCAACUCAACAGUGUCCAUGUCAGGGCUUCAUGCAGUGAGCAGCUCCGACGAUGUGAAACCUCCGUUAGGCUUGAAGCAGCUGUCGUGUCACAGCCCAGGGCCGAUGCUUUCGCAGAAACGGCUUUGUGCCAUCUGCGGAGACAGAUCCUCUGGUAAGCACUAUGGUGUCUACAGCUGUGAGGGCUGUAAAGGCUUCUUCAAGCGCACAGUACGCAAAGACUUGACCUACACUUGUCGGGACAGCAAAGACUGUAUGGUGGAUAAGAGACAGAGGAACCGCUGCCAAUACUGCCGCUACCAGAAGUGCCUGGCCAUGGGCAUGAAGAGAGAAGUGGCCACGAUGAACGACAGAUCUGUCCAAGAGGAACGGCAGAGGAACAAGGAACGAGAGGGCGAGAUGGAGUCGUCUAGUGCGGUGAACGAGGAGAUGCCAGUGGAGAAGAUUUUGGAAGCGGAGAUGGCUGUAGAGCAAAAGACCGAGCUUCAUGCAGACGGAAGUUCAGGUGGCAGCUCUCCCAACGAUCCUGUCACCAACAUCUGUCAGGCAGCAGACAAGCAGCUCUUCACCCUGGUGGAGUGGGCUAAGAGGAUCCCUCACUUCUCUGAGCUGGCCCUGGACGAUCAGGUCAUCCUGCUACGUGCAGGAUGGAAUGAACUCCUGAUUGCAUCGUUUUCUCAUCGCUCCAUCUCGGUGAAGGACGGCAUUUUACUGGCCACCGGCCUGCAUGUCCACAGGAACAGUGCUCACAGUGCAGGUGUUGGAGCCAUCUUUGACAGGGCGCACAAUGCCGAGGUUGGGGCCAUAUUUGACAGAGUUUUGACAGAGCUUGUAAGCAAGAUGAGAGACAUGCAAAUGGACAAGACGGAGCUCGGCUGCCUUCGAGCCAUCAUCCUCUUCAACCCAGAUGCCAAGGGUUUGUCCAACCCCAGCGAGGUGGAGCUCCUGAGAGAGAGGGUGUACGCAUCUCUUGAGUCUUACUGCAAACAGAAAUACCCAGAUCAGCAGGGCAGGUUUGCAAAGCUCCUCCUCCGGCUCCCAGCACUGCGCUCCAUUGGUCUGAAGUGCCUGGAGCACCUGUUCUUCUUUAAACUGAUCGGAGACACGCCCAUCGACACCUUCCUGAUGGAGAUGCUAGAGGCGCCUCAUCAGAUCACCUAGAGGAGCCAGGUUCAGUCCGGUCAGGAUCCGAUGCACAGCAGGAUCACCAACACGUCACCCCAUGUUGGGUCUUUGGCUCUUCUCAUUGGGCCUCACUUAAAACUGCUCCACCUGCUGGCUUUAAUGUACCGGCUCUCUCUCUCUUGCACGCACACACACACACACACACACACACACACACACACACACACACACACACACUGUCUAAUUAUGUUCACACAUGCAGAGCCUAAUUUGCAUACAUGAAUUGAAAUGCAAACAUAAUUAAUACACAGAUGAUAUGGCUCUGAAUGAACUAUGCUAAUACACACUCAAACACACAUUUACACCUUUUCCUAUAAUCAGUUUUCCACCGUGGGGGUUAAGAUUCAAGGAAUAUAUCCCCUUUUUAUCACACAUAUUCAGUAAAUGUCUUAAUUUUAAGUUAGCCUUCAGUUUCACAUCCUCAUCUCACAGUGGUUUUUUGCUUCUGCGUAACUGGUAUAUUUUCCCUGUUUUUAAUUAGGUCACUUAGUUUCACUGCUAGCGGCACCUGUGUAUUUAUCCAUCACUAUCUGGUUAGUUAUUCAUGUAUGGUUUUUAGCCUAAAAUCAGGUGCGUAGCAUUUAAAUCAACUGCCCAUCAUCAAACUAAUUCUCUUCCUAUUGGUCAGGUGGUGUCCUAUAACGGACAGACGGAUACACCCUCCCAAUGAGUUCAUCCAAUCUUGUAAACAUUGAAAUACUUUAUUUUUAAUAUUCAUGCUGAAACUUGUUUGAGUUUCUAUUUUGAAGUACUGUACUCAUGAAAUGAGAGCUUUUUCCAAGGCAUUGAAAUCCAGGAAAAGGGGAGUGGGAGCACUUUGUUAAACAAACUUUGUCCCUCCCACCCUGAUGCGCACAGCGGGCUUUGUAAGACAAGAAGACUGACUUGAAUUUUAUUUUUUCUUCCUAGUUUUGAAUUUAAUCCUUUUCUCUAUUUUGGCAGUUGGUUGGCAUUUUAAACAGCUUGAGGUUUGCAGGAAGUACAGCUUCAUGCAAGACAAAUCAUAGUUGUCUGUCUUUUAUCUCCUGUUUCCUCCAAAUCCUCCUUUUGCUGUUGGUCAUGUAUGCACUUUUGUGAGUUGUAACUGUGUAAAUGUUCCUGUUUCCUAAAAAUGAUUGUAUAUUAUCAAACACCUAAGAUGACCCUGAAGGUACUAUGUGUAGGGUUUUCCAAUUAUUGCAUCCAUUUUGUAUCAACUGUCCAAAGGCUGUAGAAGAGAACAAAUAUUUUCUUUGUCCUUAAAAUAGUCUUAUGUAUAAUUGGUCAGCAUCUAUCGCAGUUGUUUGAGGCAUGGCUUUGUUUUCAAGAUGCUGCACUCUGUCCUCUGUAAAACAAGCAGAGAUGGAAAAUAUAGAGACCAGCUGAAACCAUCUGACAGUGGCAAUAAUUCAACAUUUCAUUUCACCAUUGUCAUCAAUCAAAGUCAAGUUUGGCUCAUCUGUAAUACAGAUCACCAUCAAUGGAUGGAUCACUGGCUGUGAGUAUAGAUUGAUAAACAAUGCAUAGGUGUUUGAAUUACUUGUGUGUUGUGUUACUGUAAUGCAAUAAUGAAAUUAGUUAGCGCUAUAAAGUGGAAAUCCUACACCUACUACCUGCAGCUUUGAAAUCUUUAUUCAGUGUUUAUUGGCUCAGUGCUUGCAACUUUUGUACAGUAGAUGUAAAUAUUACAAAAGAAAAAACAGUCAUGCAGAAACAAAGUCCUUUUCACAUUCAUAUGAAUGUGAAAUAUGUGGCUCCUACAAAGAAAUUUAUAAGCUCUAUUUUUUCUUCUUCUGUUGAAUCAACAUUAGACUUGCCUCCCAUAUAUGGAAAUCACCAUGAAGUUAUUAUUGAGCCCAGGGCCAAACCACACCUCACUGUUGCUUUUGCACUAACUUCUGCCAGUGUUUGUUGUUCUUGGAAAUUGAUUGGCUGAAUUUUUCAUUGACAAUUGCUCUUUACGUUUACUGUGAUGGAAAUUUGUGGCCAACUGAAUCUGAGCAUUGCAGUGAAAAGUCAAAUGCAGCUACCACGUGAUCGGGAGAAAUACACUAAACUAUGAAUUAACAGUCUACGCAUGCUCAAAGGGGAGCAAUACUGGGGUACACAAACAUUUAUUACCAUUUUUUUUUUUUGUAUUUGUGUUGACAUUGUGAGGUAUGUUUAGCCUUCUUAUUAGUCACCAUGUUUAAUAUCAAUUAAAAACAUAGAUUUUGCAGUAUCAUUCUACAGGGAAGAGGUAUAGCUGACCUCUGCCAGGUGCUAAAUAACUAAAAUGGUCUUUUAGUUUUAAGACAUGCACAUUUACAUCAAUGCAAACACAGUAUGCAAGUACACAGACAAAUCAUUCAUUUAGGAUGUAGGACUCCUUCUUUGAUUUGUUUUUCUUUUUGUUAACUUUAUGACCCCUCACUUUAUUGUAGACUCCCAACUAUGGAAAAUGAACACCAUAUAAGUGCUGGUUCAUUUUUGCUGUGGCUGAUAAGUCUUUGUACUCUACAAGACACAGCCUGUGUCUUUUUUGUAUUUUAGAAAGCCGUUUGAUUGGUAGAAGCAAUUAAAAUAGCUGGUGGUCCACCAUCUACUUUAAUUGCUUCACCAGAAUGAGCAAUGAGCUUCAUGCCCUGUGGAUAGGCCACAUACUUCUCUGAGAGGAUCCUAGGCCUCCCCCAUGUGAUGUGGACUUGGAGGCUGACAGUUCGAUGACCUGUAAGACAGGUGUUUUUGUUUUACAUGUCCGUAAAUUGGUCUAACCUUAGAGUUUGGUGGUGUUUCAGUUGUUCUCAAUCCAUGUGCGGCCCAACUCGGCAAAGUAGUCACCACAUGCGGAGAAAAGUCAGGCCCUCAUGAACCAUUGCUGCCUCAUCUUGGUGUUUGUUGGUAAAGACUGUUAAGGUGAUGGCAAGCUUAUGAAUUAGGUGGCAAGCACUAACAUCUGCUAGCAUUCAUGUACUGUAUAUAAUGUAGUAUGGUCUCAAAGACUUGAGUGAAAAGGAUUUUGUGGCCACCAAACUUUGAGAACUGUGAUCUGGAGACACGACAGUUUGACUGUGGAAUGAAUUUUGUGAGUGCAACCCACUUUUUCCUUAGCGAGUGGGCUGACUUAAGGCUGUGUGCUCAUCUUCUGCUUGGUUGACAUCUCAGCAACUAUCUCUGCAGUAUUUUAUUUUAUGAGCUUCCUCUGUUGAAUGUUUAAGCCUGCUGCUACUGCCUCACGUUUAUAGCUGGAGAUGGGAAUUAUUACACAGUCAAGUGCUGAAGGAUCCACUAGUUGGAUCCACAUUAAAAAAGAAGUAAAAACAUUCAAAUCACAUACACAGCUGACUGCAAAUGCCAGUCUUUGUUGAUGAGUCAUUUAAAAAGUAUAAAUAUGCAACUUGUAUAUUCAUAUUGUGGUAAACAGUUGUCAUGCAUUAUGUGUAUAUGUUUCUGGCAUUUGCUACAUGUAGCUUAGUCUGUUACAUCAUUUAAUAUUGAUUGGCAGUGAAUUUAUUUUUAGAAUUCCCAUUUCCAUGUUACAGCAAUGUGUUUAAGUUUUGCCAUUUAUAUAUUUCUUAACAUUUUGCUAUGAGCUUAGGUCAUUUAGACGCUGAUAAACAGAUAAAAAGGCUAUAUAGUCAAUGCAGGUUCUGUAUACUAAGCCACUUUAAGCUUUGCUGAUCAAGCAAACUGUUUUUGCAAUAGCUGGUGGUUGGGUAUUUCAUUUUUUUUAAAUUUUUUUUUUAGCAUUUGUCAUAGGGAAUGUGUGGCUACGUGUGUAUGCUUUUAUGCACGCCUCAUGAAUCUGUCAGCAGCUACGCCUUUUGACUGGCAGAUACUAUAGCUUUGGCGGUGAUGUUCUGAGCGCUGUUUUUUGGUUUGUUGAGCAGUGUAAUCAAAUGAUGCACAGAGGAAAAGGAGCCAAGCUGGUGGGGUGACGUACUGGCUUGUUGAUCUGACGCUUUAUCGAUACAACCCAGCUUCCUCCCUCUCUUAACUUUGCUCCAUCUCCACUGCUUUACUUUAAACUUAACAAACGCUUAUUGGCUAGCCCCAGUGGGCUGAACAUUUCUGGGCUUUUACUUGUAAAAUAAUCCUUUUGAUUCUUGGAAGUUUGAAAAGGAUGUGAAGCUUUUCGUGGGACAAGCAUUGGAGGCGUAAGGAAGGGAUUCGGUGCCGUGUGUCACUCUUUGCUUACUUUACUUGACGGCAGAGCAGAUGCGAUCUACCGGUCACUGUGGGAGACCGCCGGAUCGCAACGCAACCGCCCACAAAUGUUUGUCAUUGCAAUCGUGUGCACUCAAGGCAGACGCAUGCUGUGACCUUUUGACUGUGUAGCAGUAUUGUUGUCGCCGCCUUUGAUACCUUUUAAAAUUACUCACUUUCUGAAAAUGAAAACAUUGAUUGAAAAUGCUUUUUCUAAAUGGAUCGCGGGUUGUGACUGAAAAAUAGAUCAUUGUGAGAUAUCAGUGCGGCAUUUUUACCUAAUGACAGCCCCCUUGGAGCCGGGGCCCAUCCCAAUGAGGCAGUGUGUGCUAUGCAGCCUUGAAACCACCACACUCACUGGUUUUAAUUGUCAUUGCCAAGUUGUUUGCAGAUGUGGCCGUUUUUAAAUGGAGGGGCACUCAGUCCCCAGUGCUUGUUUGCCAUGUAUGUUGUGAUUAUUGUACAGUACACUAAAGAGUGUGCGUUAACCUUGGUCUAUGUAGUACAUACUAAAGAGGCACCCUAAUAGGAAUGGAAUGACAGCUCGUGUGGAGAGGGGAGCACUGGUCACUGGAGAGAGAAGUAGACCAGUGUGUGGCCCCCUCUUGGUGCUCAACCUGUGCAUUGGUGCUUUUUUUAUUGGGUUCCCUGGCCCUUAAAACGUCUGCUUUGGUUUCCAAGACACAGGGAAAUGCAUAUAUGACCUGAUCUUCUUUAGUUGCAUUUGUUUGGUUGUUUUCCGCGACCGGGUCCAUUGCAACCCGUUUUUACUGUGUUGGAGUCCUAUGUGGCUGUAGCUGGAUACUACCAGCAAUAAAAAAAUAAAACCUUCCAAAUUUGAUGUUAGAUUAUGAGGGAGAAACUGUGGCUCUUAUUGUAGACACGGUUCAAAGGCCACCAGAAUCCACAGGUCUGGUUUGCAAGAGACACUUCUGAGCAGGAUCGAGUUACAUCGAAGAAACUUGAUGGUAGAGAUCAUCUGAAUAUGAUUGCUCUCUUUAAGGAGGAGGUUGUUGUUGGUGGAGUUUAAGGUUGGAGGAAAUGUGAAGGGUAGGUUAGAGAGAGGAGGGGGGAAGAAAAGAAGGGCAGUGACUUGGUGACUCGGAUCAGGUGUUCAAAUGUCGAUCAAGAAAAACAGAAAACCUAUUUUCCAGUAGAUCUAGAAUCUUCCUUAAUUGUUUACUCUUCACCUUAAAGAAAUUCGCACACUGUUUUUUUUUGGUCUUGUUUCCUGUCUCCCUUUUCUCCGACUAUUGUAUUCAUCCUUUGUUUAUUACAAAGUAUUAAACAAAUUCAAGAACUGUAAAAUCUGAAUGAAUCUGUCACUUUUUGUCAAAUUUUCUCUCUUUCUCUUGUUUCUGUUCUUGUUUGUCCUGUUUGUAUCCUACUCCAUUGUACACAUGGAGCUGAUUGACUAUUGUGUGCUUUGGGGAUUGAAAGAAGAAGAAAAA